CAAUCCUUUGUUAUUGCAAAACAAACAUUUCCUAAACUUCAACGAUAUCUUUACAUGCUUACAUUACUCCUUCAGUCCUUCUAGACUGCCAUUGAAGCUAUCCACCAAAAGCUUCCCUUUCGCAAGAAUGGCGGCUCUAAUUAACACACUUGCAGCAAUUAAGUUAUCAUCAAAUAACGGAAUUACCCAUUAUAGAACUCGCACUUUUAUCUCCCCUUCUUCAAUUUCCCUCACCAGGAGAAGAUUCACGAUUAGAGCAGCGGAUACUGAUACUGAUGAAGUGGAAGCUCAGGUACCAGAUAAGGCACCAUCUAAAGAUGGUUCCAGCUUCAACCAGCUUCUUGGAAUUAAGGGAGCUGCUCAAGAGACAAACAAAUGGAAGAUUCGUCUCCAGCUUACAAAGCCUGUUACAUGGCCUCCAUUGGUUUGGGGAGUAGUUUGUGGAGCUGCAGCCUCAGGAAACUUUCAUUGGACUCCAGAAGAUGUGGCUAAAUCAAUUCUUUGCAUGAUGAUGUCUGGUCCUUGCCUGACCGGCUUUACACAGACCUUGAAUGACUGGUAUGAUCGAGAGAUCGAUGCAAUUAAUGAACCUUAUCGCCCUAUUCCUUCGGGUGCAAUUUCUGAGAACGAGGUGAUUACUCAAAUUUGGGUGCUUUUUCUAGCGGGACUUGUUAUUGCCGGGGGGCUCGAUGUGUGGGCAGGGCAUAAAUUUCCGGUAGUUUUCUACUUGGCCUUGGGUGGAUCUUUUAUCUCAUACAUUUAUUCCGCUCCCCCUUUGAAGCUUAAACAAAAUGGUUGGAUUGGAAAUUUUGCCCUUGGAUCAAGCUACAUUAGUUUGCCAUGGUGGGCUGGUCAAGCUUUGUUUGGCACUCUAACGCCUGAUAUAAUUGUUCUUACACUCCUGUAUAGCAUUGCUGGGCUUGGCAUCGCCAUUGUCAAUGACUUUAAGAGCAUCGAGGGUGACAGAGCGAUGGGAUUGCAGUCUCUUCCGGUAGCUUUUGGCAUUGAUACUGCUAAAUGGAUUUGCGUUGGGGCCAUUGACAUAACUCAGUUGUCCGUUGCUGGUUACCUCCUUGCGGCUGGCAAACCGUACUAUGCAUUGGCUUUAUUGGGAUUGGUUCUUCCUCAAAUUUAUUUCCAGACCCAAUAUCUCCUUAAAGACCCUAUCAAAUAUGAUGUCAAAUAUCAGGCGAGUGCGCAACCGUUUCUGAUUCUUGGUCUUCUAGUGACUGCAUUGGCAACCAGCCAUUAAGUAUAUCCUAUAUCAGCUGUGAUAUUUGCUCGUCGAUGGAAUUGAGAUGUUGAAUACCGGCGACUAGCAAGAAGGUAUUGCGACAAACACGGUAAGUAGAACGUGUCGGGUAAGCAGCAAUUGUUAUGUUGUGAAACGAGAGGGAGAUCUUGCUUAUAAAGUGUACACACCUUUCAUAAUUCCACGGAUAGUUAGAUUAGUAGAUGGCUAGAUGCUUUGUAUCCUUAAUUUUGUGCAAAUGAAGUGCUUAAUCUUGUAG